UUCAACUGUAUACUGUAGCUAACAAAGUAGUCGUAAGUGUAUGUUGUGUAGUAAGCUGUUAGUAGCCCAUGUGUCUCACCCAAAGAAUUUGAUGAAACCGGCUGCCUGGACAGCUAACAUUAGCUAGCUAACAUAGCAACCACUUAAAACAAAUGAAGCACAUGUUUCUUGACAAACAGGGAUACUCGCUAAUUAUAGUCUGUUAAAAGUAUAUUUUGGUUAGCAGUUGUCAAACAGAUAAAACGGUAUCCAUAAACCAAAAAAUAAUAAUAUUGUUAAUGUUAGAUAACUGGCUAUCUAGCUAGAACUUAGCUUACUGUUCUGACUAGGUGGUGCAUAUGUAACCUAACCUAACCUAUAGCUUGUUUUUGAGAUAUGUCACCUAUUGAAUAUUGUAAGAGCCUUCAUUGUCUGCUUAUAUGCCCCCGUUAUUUGUCCUACAUUUCUGACCUGGUGUACAGGGAGAAGAAUGAAAGAACGGUCCAUGUUCUGAAUUCUGUUGUACAUUUAAAAAGUGCUGAACAAAUAGUUACAGUAUAUCGACGACUCACUCAUUAAUGUCUUAAACGAUAUUAUGGCUUGCCUCUUAUCCGCUCAUCAUUCCCUUAUGCAAUAGUUUGUAUAUCUCAAUUGUUAUGUUGCUUAUACAGGUCUAUCUCAUUGAUAUCUUAUUCAUCGUUUUAGGCAAUGUUGGAAUAAUUUCAUUGUUUUACUUUGUUUUACUUUGUGUACUAUAAUGAGCUGAUGAUGUGCUUUUCUUGAUGAGGAGAAGAUACGAUAUAAUGUUUGCCAGUGACAGUCUCUUCCCAAUCAAAUAUUUGUUUUCAACACAAAGUUCUGUAAUAGCCCCAAGUAAUUCCAGUUGAUAUUGUGAGGGAUGUUUUGUUUGCGCAAUGCACUGUCUGUGCGUCAGUAUAUUGUCUACAAAAGUGGAUUCUCAUGAUUGUAUAUUCCUUCCUUUUUAGACCAGAUACAAUGCAUUUGGAAUGUAUUCACUUCACUUUUUACACAUUUUGUUACUUUACAUCCUUAUUCUAAAAUUGACGUAAUAUUUGUUUUGCUCACCCCAUAAUAACAGUAGUGUAAUGUUUAAAAAAAACAUUUUUGCUAAUUUAGUAUUAAACAGAUAAACCUUAUAUGCUUAAGUAUUCAGACCCUUUUCUAUGAGACUCGAAAUUGAGCUCGGGUGCAUCCUGUUUCCAUUGAUCAUCCUUGAGAUGUUUCUAAAACUUUUAAAACACAAAACUCUAAAAACCAUGGAAGAAAGAGGAGAGGAAGAGAGGGGAGAAGAGGAUGAGAGGGGAGAACAGGAAGUGAGAUGAGGAGAGGAAGAUGAGAGUGAGAGGGGAGAUGAGAGGAAGAGAGGGGUGCAGGAAUAGACAUGAAGACCUUAUGUUCACAUGAUAUCGCAGCAUUUAUAUAGACUCCACUUUACAAAGCUUUGUUCUGUUUAUCAUGCUUAUCUAAUGCCUUUUCACCAAUAAUUUAACAUUCACUAAUAUACAGUUUUUCUGGUUAUUUCACCUACUUCUGCUUUAAUUCAGGAUGUCUCCCCACAGAGGGGCAAAGUAUUUGGUUAAAUUAAUUACUUUAUUAUACAACACCUUGAAAAUGGUUGCCUCUACAGCACAUAACAAAAUAAAUGUAUGAGUUUCUUUUAUAGCCUGUGUUCAAUAGACAAAAACUUCAAGCCCAAGAUGGGAAGAUAAGACAAGAAGGAACUAAGGGUCGCUCAGCAAUGAGGAAGUUAUUCAAAUGAACAGAUGAUACAGCAACCACAGACACACAGAGCCUAUCACCUACCCAUAUUUAAUGGGAUGUCCAGCUCUCAAACAACCACCACUAACGGGGCGGUGGUCAUCAACCAUGUCUACCCCUAUGAGAACGGGAUGGGGGUUGCAGUGGUCGCAUCUGCUCCUCACUGUUUGGGACAGACGGUCUCCUCAGUGCUGGGAAGUUUCCGGGCAGGGCAUCCAAAAGCGCUGGGAACCAUACAGAUCAUGAUUGGUUUGAUAAUGCUGUUGACAGGAAUCGUGAUGAAUGCAGGACCACAAGUAGACAAUAUUGGAGUACUUAGUGGAAUAUUUGUCUGGGGAUCUAUCAUUUAUGUAGUUGCAGGCUCUCUAACUGUUGCUGCUGACAACAAACUGAACAAAUGUCUGGUAAAAGGCUCCCUUGGAAUGAAUGUUGUCGCCACGGUUACUGCUGUUACUGGCACCAUUCUGCAUUCUUUAGACAGUGGUGGGAUCAUCUUGUACCGCUACUACUGUGACUAUCCAGGCUAUCCUUCAUACAACACUCCAUCCUAUAUCAACUACCCUCGAUCCUAUGUCUGUCAACAGUAUUGGAUCAGGUCCCAGGGAAUAUCAGGUGUUUUGGCUGUUUUCUCCUUGCUGGAGUUCAUAGUGUCCAUCUGUGUCUCGUCAUUCGCCUGCAGAGCUGUCUGCCUGUGUUGCCGUUCCACCCCUGAGCAAGUGUUCAUCAUUGGGAAUCAAAUACCGGUACCUCAUGGCAGCGUGACUCCAAGCAACGCACCUUACCCUCCUCAGAUCAACUACGAGACUGGGAACUACCCAAAGGGUCCGGAGGGAGACGGUAUGGGUACAGGGUUUCAACAGAAUCCCCUGCCUCCUCAAUACACUGCUGUCAUCCCUUGAGAAUUGGGCCUCUGUGAAUACAUUGUUCUUUUUCUUGUUGAAAUUGUAUUCUUAUGUAGACCUAUGUUUCUGAUGCAAGCCAGGCAAUGGUUAGCAGCACCACAUCACUGAUCUGAAUAAUUUGACGGUUAAAUAUUGAUAGUGUAUAGUAAUGCAAUGUUUCAGUAUAAUUUUCAGGUUACUAUAUGGUUGAUUUUAUAACCUCAUGUUUUUGUCAUUUCUAUCUUUCUUUAAUUGAUAUAAUUUAAUCAUAAUUUCUUAUAUAAAAGUAUAGCUGAUUUAUCAACUAAAUUCAACCACUGCUAUAUGACAGAAUAUGAUGAUGCAUCAUUUUUAAUAACACACAAAUGCAUAUUUAACUUAAUGUCUUGAAACAAUAAAACUGACAGAAUUA